AUGGUACAAUUUGGGCUGGAAGUAAUCUUUGCUGAUAGCCCUAAUAAAAAGUCCCUUCAAAUUGAUCUAACGUCCGCUGAAAGUUACGUUCUUGACCAUCGAUAUUUUGGCCAGCUUACUCGGAGAGAACAAGACUUUGAUCCCACGAAAUCUCCGACAUUUACGGAGGUCAACAACAACUUUUCGAAGGCUUAUUUCAGACCUUACGAUAAACAGGAUAUUGCCGUUGGAGGAAUUGUCGGCAAGGACAAGUUCAACUUUAUUUUUGAAGAUAUCGAAGGAGAGUUUGCGGUGAUAAAUAAGACCGACAAUAAUAAGGUUGUGCAAGGACUUGAUGGGCGUUACUAUACAGGUCGAAUUGGAUUUUCAAGAGCCGAAACUAAUGUGGCGGAUCUGAGAAAUGCAAUUUUUGCGUCGCAUGUCAACCAUAGCUUGUGUAUGUACGUGUCGCCGCGGCUAGAGUAAGUUACAUUUGAGUCCGUUUAAAAAAACAUGGUGGAUGCUAAAAAACCACUCAUUCGAACCUUUGGAGUGCGGUUUUGGUGACUUGUGCAACAUGAGAGCAAGUUGACUCGUGGAGGAAGAUGACUUGGCUUGUCUUUCAGUCGAAUAGCCCCUUCUUGAGGUGUAGUUGGGCAUCACAGAGCUCCUUGCUGACCGUGGCGUUUUUUUAAAAAGAAUUUCCCAAUGCACCACGCCGGCGGGCGCACACUUGCGGGCAACCACUUUGCGGGCAAUUAGUUUGCGGGAAAUUUUUUUGCGGGCAGCCACUUUGCGGGCAGCCGACAUUUGCGGCCAGCACCGGCAUUUGCGGGCAGCCUGGGACAUUUGCGGGCAGGGUCGACAGUUGCGGGCAGCCUGGAAGAUUUGCGGGCAGCCGACAUUUGCGGGCAACCGACACCUGAUUGUGAGGUCAACAGGGUGGGCGUGGAAAAAUUACUAUGAUAUUUUGGAAAUUUGCCGACAUUUGCGGGCAGCCGACAUUUGCGGGCAGGCAAUACUUGCGGGAAACCGAAAUUUGCGGGCAACAGUUCCAAAAGUUGCUAUACAGUCUGUGUGAUUGUUUUUUCGUAUUGCCCGCAAAUGUCGGCUGCCCGCAAGUGUCGGCUGCCCGCAAAUGUCGGCAAAUUUCCAAAAUAUCGCAGUAAUAUUUCCACCUCCACCCUGUAACCCUCAGGUGCCGGUUGCCCGCAAAUGUCGGCUGCCCGCAAGUGUCGGUUGCCCGCAAGUGUCCCAGGCUGCCCGCAAGUGUCUCAGCUGCCCGCAAAUGUUUCAGCUGCCCGCAAAUGUGGCCCCCCAAAUUUUGCCCGCAAAGUGUUUGCCCGCAAAAAAUUUGCCCGCAAACUGGUUGCCCGUAAAGUGGUUGCCCGCAAGUGUCGCGACGCCACCACGCCUUCCCAGUCCCCCAAAUGCAGAUCAUGGCCUUUUUGGGUGGUGAUCUUGCUUUACUGUUCCCUGGGGUCACCCACUCCAGGAAAUAGUCGACAUUUUGCUUCAUAUUGGCGUACAGACACCAUUUCUCAUCCCCCAUGAUGACUCGGUACAAAAACCGCUGUUUGUGUCCACUUGUUGCUCGGCGAAAAGAGCAAGUGUCAAAAACGCAAAUUUUUGCCUCCUGGAUGGUUGACUUUUGAGCCCAAAAAAUAAUAAAAAAUUAAAUUUUCAAAAAAGACUAAAAGCAUAGUUUUGUAGAGGGGAAAGAGGUCUUUCGAAUGUAUAUACGCACUUUGCCAAACAAACAACUAUCGUUGUAAAACAAAGCAAUAAAAAACCUACGAAUUCUCGAAUUUAAUAGGGCCGUCAUCAUCGCGUGUUUUCAGUCGCAGAGGAGCUAUCGUCUCCGUGAGUGUGGGUGACGAAAGUUAUGGGAAGGGAAGCGAAUUCAUCACCAAAUUUGACGCCGAAUCCAACGACCAGGGCCAUUGGCAAGUCCCUGUGACCUCCAUCAAAAUCGCACGUUACGUUUAUCAAGCCCACUUUCCCGGAAUUUUGAGUACUACAACUGACAAAAUCGGCGUUCCGGCGCCAGUUUUUAAUGGACUAGUCAGAGCAAUGAAUGCGACAUUCGACCGAGAGGUGAAUUCCUAUGUUCUGCAAUGUAUCGACGAGUUCCCUGACCCGUUGAGAAUCAACGUUAAUUUUAAGGAAUUGGAAAUCCGUUUUGACUCGUACACAAAGAGGGUUGUUGACAAAUGCGUCUUGAAUAUGAUCCCCUUGAAGGAAAGAGUUGUCAUUCUUGGCGCUCCCUUCUUCAACGAGCAUGUAAUUUGUCUGGAUUUUAUUAAUGAGACGGUGACCUUGUUCUACGUCCCUCCAUUCGACUAUUAA